AUAAUGGCAGCUUUAGUUUAGCCGGCCCCACCCCUACGCUAAUCGCCCGCUUCCUUGCCUCACAUAUCGGCCACCCCGUGCGCGCACCCGCACCGCCGCUUCCUCCCCUUCCUUCCCACCGUACGUCGGUUCAUCGAUCCCACCGCACCGCCAUGGCCGCGCUGCGCCGCGCGUCGCUCCUCCGAUCCGCGCUCGGGCGGCUCGGCUCCCUCCGGCCAUUCUCCGCGGAGGCUGCCGCCACGCCGCGCCGCGACGCGGCCGCGGCGCUGGCGGCCGCGCUGGCUGCCGGGUCCGGGCUGGGGAUCUGGCUGCUGCCCACGUCGCGCCCGCUCGCGGGAUCCGGCCAGGCGGGCUUCGCCGUGGCGGAGGCCGGCUACGGGGGCGCGGCCGCGGCGGAGGAGCCAGAGGAGAAGGGCAGGUUCCUCUUCGGAGACUCGUACCGCAGAAGGGUCUUCUUCAACUACGAGAAGCGGAUUCGGACGCGCAGCCCUCCCGAGAAGAUCUUCGAGUACUUCGCGUCCGCCCGGAACCCGGAGGGCGAGGUGUACAUGUCACCUGCCGACCUGAUGAGGGCGGUCGUUCCCGUUUUCCCUCCGUCCGAAUCUAACGUUGUCAGGGAGGGGAGGCUCAGAGGGGAACGCAACCCAGGGGAGCUGGAGUGUGCACCUUCUGAGUUUUUCAUGCUAUUCGACACAAACGGCGAUGGGCUCAUCUCCUUUGCUGAGUACAUCUUUUUCGUGACAUUGCUUAGCAUUCCUGAGUCCAGCUUCAAUAUAGCUUUCAAGAUGUUUGACCUUGACCACAGCGGGGAAAUAGAUAAAGAAGAGUUCAAGAAAGUGAUGACAUUGAUGCGGUCCUAUAAUAGGCAAGGAGCUGCCCACAGGGAUGGGUUACGUAUUGGACUUAAGGUUGGUCCACCAGUGGAAGACGGUGGUCUGCUUGAGUACUUCUUUGGCAAGGAUGGGAGUGAAACUUUACAAUAUGAAAAGUUCUCCAACUUUUUGAAGCAAUUGCAUGAUGAGAUUGUUCGUUUGGAGUUCAGUCACUAUGAUAUAAAAUCAUCUAAGACAAUAUCUGCGAAGGACUUUGCAUUAUCCAUGGUUGCUUCAGCUGACAUGAAUCACAUAAAUAAGCUACUUGACAGAGUUGAUGAUUUCGAUGAAUCUCCUGAUAUCAAGGAUUUGCGCAUUACCUUUGAGGAGUUCAAGGCUUUUGCUGAUCUCCGGCGAAGAUUGGAACCAUUUACAAUGGCUAUCUUCAGUUAUGGAAAAGUGAACGGUUUGCUGACAAAGCAGGAUCUGAAACGUGCUGCAACUCAUGUUUGUGGUGUGGACUUGACUGAUAAGGUGGUGGACGUUAUUUUCCAUGUUUUUGAUGCAAACUGUGAUGGCAACCUAAGCUCAGAGGAGUUCUUGAGGGCAUUACAAAGACGGGAAAGCAAUAUUCGCCAGCCAACCACUUCAGGUCUAAUGGGUGUAUUAUCCUGCUGGCUGAACUGUACGAAGUGUUCUUUUCAACAGAUGCAGCUCCAGUAGAAUAUCUUGGUACUAACAAGAUUAGCCUUCUGUCGCCAUGAGUCACUCUCUCUAUUUGAUGAGCUGGAGAACGAAAUACAACAACCACUAGAUGUCAGCUGAGACGAUCUUGUUGUAAAUAUUGUCCUGCUGAUCAGAGUUGCCCAAUUAUGUAGCAGCUGUAAAUAAAGUACUCUAUUUCGUUCUGGCCCAUGGGCAGUUGACAGAUCUCUCGUUCACUGAUGUAAUGAACCUAUGACUUUGGACCUCGUCUAUUGUAGUGCUAAGCUCUAUGUA